CACAUGUAUCAUCAUCCCAUAAAAGUGUUUACCGCCGCUCCGUGUUGUACCUCAUCAACUGUUGCAGUUGAUACCAUCAUGCUUGGUAUUGGUAUCAGUCCGUUUGCUGUAUCGGUAGUUCUUGUGGCUGCUACACUGUUAUGGCUUCUGAGGCGGUACCUGGCAGGAGGAUGUUGUUAUAGCAAGGCUCGUCUGGACGGUAAGACGGUCCUCAUCACGGGAGGAAACACCGGCAUAGGCAAGGAGACGGCAAGAGAUCUCGCUAGGAGAGGUGCUCGUGUGAUUCUAGCCUGUCGCGAUCUAGCCAAGGCAGAGGCAGCUGUUGCAGACAUCCGUGAAGACACUGGUAACAGCAACUUGGCGGUAGUCAAACUAGACUUGGCUUCCCUGGCCUCGGUUAGAGAAUGUGCAGAGAAGAUCAACAGAGAGGAAUCCAGGCUGGAUAUUCUCAUCAAUAAUGCAGGUAUCAUGAUGUGUCCCGAGUGGCAGACAGAAGAUGGGUUUGAGAUGCAGUUUGGUGUCAAUCAUCUGGGUCACUUCCUUCUCACUGACCUCCUGUUGGAUCUCAUCAAGUCCUCCACCCCAGCCCGCAUUAUCAACGUCUCCUCUCUGGCUCACGCCUACGCCAAGAUGAACUGGGACGACAUCCAGAUGAGGAAAGGCUAUAACAAGAGAGAUGCCUACGGACAGAGCAAACUGGCUAAUGUUCUAUUUACGCGAGAGCUGAGCAGACGACUGAGGAAGAUCGUCUCAGGUGUGACAGUCAAUGCAGUUCAUCCGGGUGUCGUAGCAACGGAGCUUUCUCGUCACGUGAUGAAACCUGGUAGUCUGGCAUCCCGUCUUAUCAGCCUGAUCCGCUAUACCCCGCUCGUGUGGGUGUUCAAGAAUCCUGUGCAAGGGGCACAGACUACUAUUCACUGCGCAGUCACCCCAGAACUAUUGAAUACUUCUGGUCUUUACUUCAGUGACUGCGCCCCCAAGGAGCCUUCCCAGCAUGCACUGGAUGAUGACGCAGCACGCAGAUUGUGGGACAUGAGUGUCGAAAUGGUCGGCUUGAUUUAAAACAAGGAAUAUAAAACAGUUGUACGGCCGAAGAUAUCAUAAUGCCCAACUGAAUAAAUUCCUGCUUUAUGUACGCGAAGUAACUUUUCUUUCGAAAGUGUUUGUCAUUAAACUAAAACAAGCAAUAACAUUUUUUUUUAAAUAGUAUUGUUUUUGACAUCAUCGAACUAAUCAUAUCACAUUUUAUUUUCUUUUGGAAUUUGUUUUUGCUUUACUGACUGUGAAUCGGAUUUGGAAAUGAAAGAUGACAGUCAAUCCAAUUCCCAGUACAGCGGGAAUGAUCAGCUUGGUGUUUUGUACUCUAAGAAACCCAACCCUCUAUAAGACAUGGGAAGAAAACUAGUCUCCUCUUUCAAGCCAUAGGAUAUCUUGAUAUUUUUUAAUGCGAAGAAAAUCCUGUCGGGUGAUGUUGUUUAAAUUUAAUUUUGUAAUGGGGCUUUAACCGUAAUUAUUAAUUAAAGCCGAGUGGUUAAGGUGAUGGACUGCUAAUCUAUGGUGCUCUCCACGCGUGUAGAAUCUCAUCCUCGUCGCUUUUAUAUUUUAAGAUAUACAUGUAUAGUACACUGUAGUUUUAAAUUUUUGACAAACGAUUUUCUCGACUCCUUAAUAAGACGAGGUGCCGCCGAGUAGCAAUGGUGAUGGUCUGCUAAACCAUGGACUGAAGCGGGCGAGGCGAAUUAUAAUAAGCCUUAAAAUGAUCCGGAAACCCAUAUCAGUGUCAUAGUUUCUUUGAGCAUCUGAUUCCAGCGCCCAAAUGCGCAUUUGUUUGCCUGGGUGAAAUGUUUUAAUAUCUGAUUUCGCCUCGGCCCUCUAGGGACAGGAAACAUUGCAUACCAUGGGUGGAAGCCCAGCACUGAUCGAUGUACAUGACGUAUGUCGCAAAUGGUCGUACGACAAACUGCAGGCUUUGGUGGUGUAUGAAUUGUGGAAAUCCUUGUGUCAUACCUAUUUUUAUAUUUGGACCAAAUCUGACAACGACUAAAGAAAAACAAGUAUUUUACAGGAAAAGAAACACUUGUGUAUCAAAUAUGGCUAGUCUUAAGAAUGAAUUAAACGAUGUUGAUUGGAACUCAGUACUGCUGGACGAUAAUAUUGACGGGUGUUAGGCC